GCGACAUGCUUCUUUUGUUGUCUGUACCUAGGUAGUACUGGAAUACAGAAGUGCAUUGAAGUAAUGCUCAGAGUCCUCUUACUGCGCAUUGUCGCUUGCGGACCGCGGUUGAUGGCGCCGUUACAUCUCUCGUCCAAAACAGAUGGCACUUGCAGCCGCGUCCUUGAUUAUGGAUUUCAAAUGAGAUGAUGAGUCGGAAUCCGGCUUGUUCUCGCCCCGUUGGCCCCCUCUCGGGUCUCCUCUCUGCGUUACUUGUCAUUAUUGUUCAAUCAACCUCAAUAUCUUCCCCUCUCGGUUCAUCCAUGCGGCCGGACUUGGCUCUCGUCGAAAACACCACGAGAGUUCGAUAUUUUCUUUGGUCUUGCGAUUCAGCAAGCCACCGGUCCCGAACCCAAAGAAAGGAGUUGGCAGAAGAAAGGAGAUUGCAGCGAGAGAAAAACUCGCAACGGCGUUGGACGGCACUAGCUGCCCACCACUUGCGUCUGCCCGCUACAGAAGACGGAGAAUUCUUGAGGCAAACACGCAAGGUACCGAACACUUCGCACUCACUGCCUUUUUGUGCUCAUGUACACGCGCUAGAGCACUCGGGACUGAGUACUGUGUACCGGCCAGAGUCAUGUAAAGAUGAUCAUUGGGUAUAAGAAGAAACCAGCGUGGAAAGGGUCCUCGACAAACAUCAUCGACACCGUCCAUGAUUGGGCCACUCUUGCCGAUUGGGUCAAUUGGUGGGAAGCCACGCUGUACUUGGAGAGAUUUGCGCUCGCUGGGCAGCAAUGAAGCAGUAGUCACAUAGAG